AAACAAAAAGGUAUGGUGCCAUUUUAGAGAAGAAAGUCCUAAAAAACCGACUGACAGUGGUGAAAUCGAAAAAUCCAGCCCUAACCCCCCCCUCCUCCCUCUCUGGAACCAUAUCUCUCUCUAUCUCGCUCGCUUGCUCGCCAGGAGUGGAAUUUGUAUAUAAGUUUGUUAUAAGAUGGCAACAAGAACAGACUCAGAUAUUGAUGAUGACUUUAGUGAGCUUUACAAGGAGUAUACUGGUCCUAUGGGAUCAACUACCACCAAUGUGCAGGAUAAGGCAAAGACAAACAAAAGGUCUCAGGCGGGGUCCGAUGAAGAAGAGGAACCUCCUCGUGACCCCAAUGCUGUUCCUACUGAUUUCACGAGCCGGGAAGCUAAGGUUUGGGAGGCUAAGUCAAAAGCUACCGAGAGGAUUUGGAAGAAACGAAAAGAAGAGGAAUUGAUUUGCAAAAUAUGUGGAGAGUCGGGUCACUUUACGCAGGGAUGCCCUUCUACUCUUGGAGCAAAUCGCAAGUCUCAAGAUUUCUUUGAAAGGGUACCUGCUAGAGAAAAGCAUGUAAAAGCACUAUUUACAGAGAAAGUUUUACAAAAGAUCGAAAAAGAUAUUGGCUGCAAAAUCAAGAUGGAUGAGAAAUUUAUUAUUGUCAGUGGCAAGGAUAGGUUAAUUUUAGCAAAAGGUGUGGAUGCUGUGCACAAAGUGAUUAAGGAAGAAGGUGAUCAGAGAGGUCCUUCUAGUUCCCAAGUCGCAAGAUCUAAGUCACCUGAACGAAGCCCUGUGGACUCACGGUUGCGACGCUCUGAUUCCCAAAGGUCUCAUUCUGGUCCUCAGAAUGCAUCACAGUUUCAACAGAGGUUUGGCAGGCAGGAGAAGGUUGUGGAAGACCGUAUUCGGGAUGAUAUGCAGAAAUUUUCAAGGGGUUCUCCACAAGCUUAUGGUAAUAAUGGAGCUAGAGGUCGUUCAAGCCAUUCAAAAUCUCCAGCACAUCCUCCUUACAUGGGCAAGUCAUAUAAUUCACACGAUGGUAAUAAUCAGAGCAUGGGUGCUUAUAGAACUGAUGAAUGGGAUAAUGAGAAGAGAGGAUCUGAUAUCCAAUCUGGUCGUCAGUUUGAUUGCCCUGCCUUCCCCCAGACAUUAGAAGACUUAGAGUUGGAGUUUAAGAGGGAGGCAAUGGAACUUGGAAGAAUUCGUGACAAGGAAGAGGAUGAAGAAAAUUACAGGCAUCGUGAGGCUAUUAGGGAGAUAAAAGAGAACUACAUGAAGCAACUGGCUAUUCUGAGGGGAACACAUGGAAAACAGUGGGAGGAGUUUCUCCAGCUUGAUGCCCAGAGGCGUCAACAACAGACACAACAGCAAUUGCCCACUUCUGGUUUUGGCGGUUAUAAACAGCAUGGUUUUUCGGACUAUGAUGGUGCCUCGGCCAAUCCGCAUUAUGCUUUGGCCAAUUUAGCCAUGGAUUCAAGAAGCCGAUAUCCACACCCUAUGGAAAAUUACUCUUCAAGGCCUCAUGACAAAUUUGGUGAAUUUCAGCGUCAGAGGCGUGAAGAUUAUGGGAAAUCUUACAAUCGAUACUAGAUCACUAUACUGGAAUUAAGGCUGGGUCCAGAUCUUGGUCAGGUGGGCGUAAUGCUUAGAGGAGGCCAAAAUAUAGGUAAGUGUGUUGGUUACUGGUUUAAAAUUGAGAAGGGAUCAAUCGUGCACAUUUGCAUUGGUAGAAUCUACUUCUUUUCAAUUUGGUGCUUCGGUUCUGUUCAGAACUUUGUUGUAGAGAAGUGAGACGCGGUUGUGGUUUAUUGGUUAAAGGCUGGCAGUAUUUUUAGAAGUGAAUAACUCCUGAUUGGUUGA